AUGUAUUGUGCGGGAUGGAGCUGCCGAACUGAUACAAAAGAAACAUGCUUUAGUGGACGAAGCAAGGUGAUCACAAAAAAUGGUUAUCAAAAGGAGCUUGCUGAUGUCAAGAUAGGUGAAGAGGUACUUGUGUUGAAUGGUGGUAAUACGCUUUCAUUCGAGCCGAUCUUUGACUUUAUUCAUGCACAUAGAACUGGCAUGUAUACAUUUCUUCGUUUAACUGCUUUCAAUGCGCAGGCAAACAAGACCGUCAGCAUUGAAAUUUCCUUCUAUCAUCUGAUAUUUCUUUUUGAGAAUCAAUAUCCCAUUCAUGCAUCACGUGUUCGUAUCGGUGAUUUGUUACAAAUUGUCGACGGAAUCAAUGUACUUCCUGGUGUUGUUGUUAAGAUCGAAGAAACGAAAUCAGAAGGAUUCUUGUCUCCAUUGACACCAUCUGGAACGAUUGUCAUUGGCGGUAUUGUUGCUUCAAACUACGCCGUUGUUCAUAGUCAUCUUGUUGCUCAUUAUGUAAUGCAGCCAUACAGAUGGUGGAGAGCUUUUUUCGGUGCCUCCCGACAGAAUGACUCGAAAAUAAACACUUACGCCACAUUUUUCUACAAAUUCAGUACAGCUACAGGUUUGAUUAAUAUUCUAUAA